GAGGAAAUAAAUAAUUAAUAAUAAACAAUAACGGCCUCCGGCUCCUCCUCCGCCAUUUUUGGAGGAACCCUAACCGCCCACCCUCCCCACUUUCUUUCUCUCUCCGGUACGCUGAAUAUAAUUUCCACAAGGACGACGACAGUUAACGAUACUUCCCCCAAACAUUGCAGAGAACAGUAUCUAUUCUCUCUCAAAUCUAACUUCCCUACAGAUUCCCACUUUGGCGCCAUGGCUGCAUUGAGCUUGUGUUCCAGCUACCACCAGCAGCAGCAUUAUUUCAACUAUUUCCCGGAGGAGGAGGACCAAUUCACUGCCGCCGCCGCCGCCUUCCCUCUACUUCCGGCGUACAUUGAAACAGAGGCGGUGGGAUUUGACACAGAGAUGCUCGCAAUUGAUCACGAUCAGCUCCAAUUCAACUGCCUCCUCCCUUCUCAUCAGGAUUAUGCAAUUCCUGAGCCCCUUUUCGAAUUCGAUUCUGACAGCUUCCUUCCUUACUUCUCCUCUUCCUACGACGACCACAACCUCAUUUCCCUCUGCCCUGAAAUCUUCCCUCUCAACGAGCUGGAAAAUUUUCCAUACUCUUACCACCGAGAAUUUCAAAAGCCAACUCCACCACCGCCACCACCCGCUAGCUGUGAUCGGAAUCCUGACUUCUUUUAUUGCUGCACAGAGCCUAGCCUCUUCCCCGGGUUCCCUGCUCCGGCGACGGUUGAUUUUCUGGAUGACAUUCCAGUUCCAGCUGCUCCGUUGCCGGCUCCAACGUUUGAGCCGCCAGCUGAGCCGGUGAGAUUCAGCAUUGGGAGGUGCGGCGGCAAGGAAGACGAGGAUGUGAUGAACAAGAAACAGAGCAAUGGGGAUGGAGUGACCUUGUCGGCGCAGAGUAUUGCUGCGAGGCAUAGAAGGAGGAGGAUAACGCAGAAGACUCAGGAGCUAGGGAAGCUGAUUCCUGGUGGGAACAAGCUGAAUACUGCUGAGAUGUUCCAAGCUGCUGCCCAAUAUGUCAAGUUCUUGCAGGCUCAAAUAAGCGUUCUUCAAUCCAUGGACUCGCCUCAGGAACCAAUUGAGGUCCCGAAAGAGCUGCAGACGCUGGUGACGUCGCCGGUGAUCCAGCAGAAGAUGUAUUCGGAAGAGAAGUGCCUGGUCCCAACGGAGCUUCUCCAGAAACUGGUGAAUCGUUCUGAGGUCCAAUCGAAACCGAUGAUUAUGAAGGAGGUUGAUGUGUUGCUGUUAAACAAACAACACUGACACGCAAUUCCGUUUUGCUUAGUUUAGUUAACGUCUACAGUUCUUACUUAGCUUUUUUCUUGUUUGUUGUUGUCUCUGACACUUACUUGUUAGGGAUAGCUCUGUUUUUUCCAUGUUUCUGUUGAUAGGUAACUGCUUCUAAACUUAGGUCGUACAGCCCUAAUCUAAUCAUCUGAUUACAGUCCUAAUCUAAUCAUUUGAUUAAUCCUCUGUAAAGCUCUGGUUACCCUAGUUAAUGGAUUUCCUCAUUCCAAUUCCACCAUUUUCUCUUUCAUGUUCCGUUCCCUUUGUAUACUUUGAAGGAAGGUAAUCCAGGUUUGUUUUUUUUUUUUUUUGACGGGAACCUGCAUUGGUAAUCCAGGUAUCCGAAGAGCAUAAUGAUGGUGGUUUUUAAUAUUACAGUAAUAAUAAUUAUUAAGUUCCCACCAAAAUAAUAAUUACCACAAUUUCCA